AAAUAAAUAUUAUUUGAUAUAAUCCUAAAGCACUAUAGCACUGACAACAUUACUUUGCGUUACAAAUAUCUCCUGUAAACGGGUUACACAGAAGAAAAAGAAAAUGGUGACCAAUGUGAUGAUAUUUGUUAUAGGAUGUGCAAUGGCUUUUACUGCAGUCGUAGACGGGGAUAUAUAUGGAUGUUACAGACCACCAGGAUCCACGUGUUCUAAUAAUACUAUAACAUGUAAUAAAGGAUAUCAUAUAUAUUUCUACAACCUGUAUUACUACACAAAACCAUCUACUGUCACCUGCCCCUUUCUACAAGAUGAAGAUGAUUGUAAAACCAGUGUAUGCUGUAAAUAUGGAAGUGGUGAUAAGUCUACAAGAUUAAAUCAGCAAGAUAGUUUAUCAGUUUAUAAAAAGUGUUCUUUUCAACAAUCAUGUAGCUUCAAUUCUCCUUACAGUUCAACCACUGGCUAUGAUUAUAUUCGGUAUAGAUUUUACUGUCUGUUUGAGUCUGCAAUUACAUACAUUACGAAUACCACUACCUUCACAACAGAUACAAGACACCUGUAUUUCUCGGAUAAACUUACUCCAGCAAGUGGUUUAACAUGUUCAUGCAAUAUAACUGGUAUACAUUGGCUUUACACGAAUCACGUAUACUUGAGUGGUGAAUCAUGUAACAGUGUUACAAUUACAGUAGACGACAAUUCUUUUUCGCUGUGUACUGGUGGUUAUUAUUUUAGACAAUAUGCCCAUUAUGGAGGAGACCGUCUCAGUAUAAAGUUCACCAAUUAUACAUCUACCACUAAUGAUGUUAUUUGGAUGUGGUUUUCCAGAGGUUUAAAAUAUAAGUAUGUGCGAGUGUCAUGUGAUUGUAGUAACCCAGUACUGGUUGAUGGUGGGUGGAGUACGUGGUCAAGCACGCCCUGCUCUGUUACAUGUGGUCGCGGAACUAGGAAAAAGUUCAGACAUUGUAAUAAUCCUACACCCGUGAACGGUGGAAACAACUGCAUCGGUGAUAUUACAGAAAGUGUGACGUGUACUCAACCAUCUUGUCCUGUUAAAGUUAACGGUGGAUGGAGUACGUGGUCAAAUACCAGAUGUUCUGUCACAUGUGGUCAGGGAACUAGAACACGGUUCAGACAUUGUAAUAAUCCUACACCUGCUAAUGGUGGAACUGGUUGUAUUGGUAAAGGUUCCGGGAACAUUGAUUGUAACCUAGAGGAAUGUCCUGAGCUAGUGAAUGGCGGAUGGAGUAAGUGGUCCUACACCAGUUGUUCGGUUACAUGUGGUCAGGGAAUUAGAACACGGUUCCGACAUUGUAACAAUCCUACUCCAACUAAUGGUGGAGCUUACUGUGAGGGCCAUGUUUCUGACGCCAUCAAUUGUAAUCAACAGAAAUGCCCAGGGACCCGUGUGAAUAUAUUACCUUGGAUUUUAUUUGGUGUGUGUUUAUUGGUAGUCAUAGUAGGUGCUAUUUGGUGUAUAAUAAGGCUUGUGAGAAGACGACGGGGAAAGAAAUCGCUAAAACCCACUUCUGAUCCACAAAACACAAAUAACGCCUCGUCAACAUCAGAAACUGGAUACUAUGUCAAUGUAGCUACUAUUAAUUCGUUGAACCGGAAUGAUAAUGAUGAAAGUCACUAUACUACUUUAUCAACCAGGGUCAAUGGUCAGGAGGGUAACUACACUUCAUUGGCACCGAAAAAGGGUAGAAACAAACAACCUGCUUGUUCUAUAUUGAAUUAUGAAAACGUGAAAAUUUCAAUGUAACUAUUACUAUGAUUUAUGUUUAAGAUGAUAGUUUAAGAUGUAAUUAGAUAGUUUUUGUUGUCGCCGAAUUUUCCAUAAUCCAAGAUGGCGGGAAUAUGAAAUGGCGGCUCAAACGUCCCUGAACCGGCUGAUUUAUAUAAUCCCACAUUUUCACGUGAACGUAUAUUGUCGUCACCUCGGUCAAUUCGAACGUCCGUCCGUCCACAAUUAAUUUGUUUGUGGACACUCUACAGAUAACAAUUGUUAUCCGAUUUUGACUAAAUUUGAAAUAUUGGUUUAUAUCUCGACGAUCACAGUUCUUUUCGAAAUUGGGAUGUAUCGGACCUAACAAUCAUGUUUUUAGCUUGUGGACACUCUACAGGUCACAAUUCUGUGGCAGCAUGCAAGAACCUGAUAACCCACAAUUCCCCCAAAAUUGAGAUAAGGGUGUCAUUGAAGGUAAAUUGGUAGUAUCUAUCUUGACUGUAAUCAUGAAGACACUGAAUAUAUUUGACAUGAUAACCAAGUCUAUAAUAGUUUUAACCUGAUAUAAAAAUAAGCAUAUUCCAUGCAAGAACCUGAUAAGCCUCAUAAGAUUUGAUUUGUGUGCCAACGUUUCCAUGCAAGAACCUAAUAACCCACAGGUCAAACCCAAGUUCAAUAGACAAAACUAAGCAUGGCCGAAGGAGCAAGCACCCCUGUUACAUCUAGAGCUAAAAGACUAACAUGUCAUCAAGUUAGAGAGUUUAUCUUGGAAGGUGGGUCUUUUCGUCCUUUUUAAUGUUAUCAAUAUGUUUCUGAUUAAUUUUUUUAAUUUUUGUGAUUAAUUAAUAUUGGCACUUUCAUUGAGUCGAAAAUGUAUGGAAUCGAGUUCAUGCAGGACUGACAAAAUGUUGUGGUUGGGAAAAAUGUUUUUUUAGAAAUUAUUUAUUCAUGAUUAUUUUUUUUUGCAAUACCCCAUACAUUCAGUCAUUCGCCUAUCUGGGGAAGCGGCGUAACGCGUGCGUUUAGAUCAUAAUGUCUGUCAUUGAGUCAAGUGCCGUGGUUUCAAUCCCAAGCUUGAACGUGAAAAUGAGUAGGUUCGACAACCCAACCUUGUGGAUUUUCGCCUGGUCCUCCGGUUUCCUCCCACUGUAAAGACCCCUACACACAUGCAAAUGAUUGGAAUAAAAUUGUACCGUAAGUUUGGCUCGAAACGACAUAUUUUGUGUCAAGUGGACAUCAUAAUAACUCAAUAAUUAAGACGUUUUGUAUUGUCAACACACUUUCAUGAAACGACUCUCCAUAACAACAAUCAAAGCCUGUCCCCUUAGAACUUUUGGAAGGAAACAACUCCAAAUAUAUAAGAUAACUCUUCACACAAUUCAGACAACUAAUGAAUAGUUCUAGCACAAAACAAGUUAUCAGUUAUACUCCAUUUCACCUCUCUCAUUCAUCCACCCAUCAACUCAGUUAUUCAUUCAUUUACCAAUCUAUCAAUUCAUUUAUUUAUUCACCCAUCAUUCCGUAAUUCAUUCAUUCAAGCAUUUAUUCAUUUUGUUUGCAGAUGAAUCCAACGAAAGUGAUGUAAAUGACAGUGGAGAAAGCUGGUGCCCAUCUGGCAACGACACAAAUUCCAGUUCAGACUGCAUUAUCAAGACAGUUACGCUUGAAGCGACAGGUGUAGAUGGCCGAAUGGAUAGCACGUGCGCGCUGUAUCAUAAAGCCCGUCAUUUAGUCAACUGGCGUGGUUUCGAAUCCCCGGUUGUACGUGACAAGGAAUAUUAUUGAAAUAAAAUUAAACCAUAUGUUAGUCCGGAAAUGACCUAGUUUGUGUCGAGUGGACGUUAAACCCCAUUUCUCUCUCCCUCUCUCUCAUUCAGACAGAAUUUAUCUCCACAAUUAACAAUUAAGAAACUUCACCAGAUGUACAUUGAAAAUUGUUUCAAUUUGGCACAAGAGCCCGUAUCACUCAGAAGUUUUCAGGUUAUUUUCACAGAAGAAUUAAACUAUCACUUUGGUCAUCCCAGCCUCGAUACAUGUAAAACCUGCGACAAAUUCAGAAUGCAGAUUGAUGGUAUGGGAUCCGAAGAAGAGGUAGCUGCACUGAAGACCCAAAGAGAGCUUCAUCUAAAAAAAAGCUGAGACUGGGCACCAAAUGAUGAAAAAAUGAUUUUGAUUCUUCUGAGUAUGUCAUUGCCUUUGACUUGCAGCAGGCUCUGCCAACACCACAUAUUAAUACCAGUGUUUCCUUCUAUUCAAGACAACUGUGGGCAUAUAAUCUUGGUGAAAAUGGCAAAGGAGCCCGAUGAUGAUGUGGUCUGAGGACAUUGCGGGUCGUGGCUCAACAAAAGUGAUAUCUUGUAUUAAUACAUACUUGGGCAAAAAAAAAAAAGGAUUCUUGAAUGCAGAAUCUCUACAAGGGACUUUAGUGGUAUGAUCGGAUUCUUGUAGGGGACAGAAUAAGAACAGAAAUGUGAUAAGCUACAUAUAUUACCAUGCUUUAAAAGUGUUUAAACUGCGAAAUACACAAAUUUCCCGUUCCUGGUCAUAAAUUUUUACCUUGUGAUAGAAGUUUUGGCGUCAUUGAAAAUAAGAAACGGAGAACUCCAGCUGUUUAUACCCAAGAAGGUUGGUUUGAACCUGAAGGAUUUUAUUGAUAUAUCCCCAUUUCGUGAAAGGUUAAACGCACGCAAAAAUUGCAUUGAUGGUUCCCCAUUCCAAAUCCAGAAGGCAACAGCAUUUAAAGUAUGACACAUGGCGAGAAGUCCAGUUAAUGGGAAAGGGUUCGUUAAGUUUAUUUUAAUUACCACAAGCUUACGAACACCGCAGACUAAUACCAGCACCUAAACUGAAGGAAUUGACUAAUUACAUUCCAUUUGAAUAUAGGAACUUCUACCUCACAUAAACUUCAACCAUCACCAGUCCAAAGAAACUCAGAAAUGGAUUAUCUGCCAUCGUAACUCUCCAUGAUGAAGAGGAACUGAGUUCUGUGGAGGAAUUUUCUGAUGGUGGUGAUGAUUAAUUCAAAAUUCACGAUCUAAACUGCACCAAAACUGACAUAAGGUUGUUCAUCAUGGCAUCCCAACCCGUCUUGUCAAAGUCAUAUACUUGAUAAUUCUGUCAUAUGUGGGCUUUUUGUUUUGUUUAAUUUUGUAGGUGUUGUUUCAGUUGAUUAUUGAUGUAUUUUAAACGAUUAAAGCUUACAAAUCUUCAAUUUGUUUUUAUGAAUAUGUAGCUUAUCAGGUUCUUGCAUGGAAAAUUGAAAAAAAAAAAAUCUCAGAUAUUCAUAUUUGCCCAAAAUUUCCAUAAAAUUUGCAGUUACAAGGCUCACUAUUACACAGAAUUUUUAUAAAAUGUCUCUGUGCACAUUAAAAUCACAAAACAUAAUAUAGAGACCAUAGACAUGGAAUUAUAAACCACAAACUUUAGUUGCAUUUUUCUCAAUUUGACGACAUGUAGCUUAAAUCCGGUUCUUGCAUGGUGCCACAGAAUUGUUAUCCGAUUUGGAUGAAACUUAAAAUGUAUGUUUAUAUCCCAAUAUCCUUUCUAUACUAGCGGGUAUCUGACCGUAACUUCCUGGAUUGUGAGCCAUGAUUGUACGAACAAUUGCUUUGUUUUAGCUUGUUCCCUGUCAAUCUCAGGCAAAAUGUGGGCGUAUCUUGCAUAGCAACCGCUUGUUCAUAUUGUUCCUAAAUAGCGGUAAAUAUGAAUGCCCCGGAUAAACGUCAAUCUUCCUUUUGGAUUUGCGGGGCUUGAUCAUACCGGAUCUGACAAAUCACAAAAUAAGAUUUUAUAUCUUCCACAUCUUGCCAAAUAAAAAUGUCCACUCUUCAAAAUACGAAUUGGUUACCGAAAAAUAAAGAAAUUGCUAAUGCGUCGUGUGGUACAGAGCCUAGCGAAUGAUAAAUACGAAAUCAAGGAAAAGACAAUGCACAAAUAAACCAGCGGCUGCCAUACAACGAUAUAACGUUUAUACGAAUACUUUAAUUCGUUUAUACAAAAUAAUUUAAUUCGUUUAUACGAAAUAAUUUAAUUCGUUUCUACAAAAUAAUUGAUUCGUUUAAACGAAAAAUCAUUUUGUUAAUAUUAUAUCGUCAUAACGAAAUAAUUAUAUAAGAGUGGAAUCCUGCACUUAAGGAGCUCCGCAUAAUAUCAAUAUAUUUUGUUUGUUAAAAUACCAGUUAAAUUGAUUUAUGUUAGUAAUUACAUAAAUAUAUAUUCUGUUUCUUAAAUAUCAAUGAAAAUGAUUUAUGUUAGUAAUUAUAUCAAUAUAUUUUAUGUUUGUAAUUAUAACAUGACAUGUAUAUGUGAAAUGAUUAAGAAUUAUAACAUUAUAUUUUGUUUGUUUGUUAAUAUAGCAAUAUCUUUUAGAAUGAUUGUUGAUAAUACUUAUAACAUGUUUCUGUGAAAUUAAAUUUAAUAACCUUUGAUAACAUUAAACCUUUAGGAUGUUUUAUGGUAAACAAUUAUAACCAUAAUUCGAUUGUGAAAUUAGAUUUUAUAUCAUUUGAUAGAAUUAAACUUUAGAAUGGUUUAUGUUUGUAAUUAUAACCUUAUAUAACAGGACUUUGGUUAUGUGGUGUAGUGUGGUGUGGUGUAGUGUGUGGGUGGGCGGGGCACCUCAAUUUCCCCACUUCUAUUGUUUAUAGUCUGUGUCCACCAGGUCAUGACUAAUUAAUCAACAAAGGGGGUUUAAAGUAUAGUGUGUAACAAGUUUGUGACACUUCAACAAAAUGAUUUAAAUAAUAUUAGUGAAAAAGAUUACAUGUAAAAAAAUACAUAUAAUAUUAAUUAUGGAUUCUUAUAUUAUACCAUUUCCACUACUAUCUUGAGCAUGUAAUAUGGAUGGAGUGAGCGCAAUUACAAAUGUACAUUAUUAUUAUAGCAUCUGAUAUAUCAAGGUUGAUUGACGAAACUUGAAAUACAUGAUUAUAACCCAAAGAUCUUGGUUCCUAGUGAUAUUCGCGCAUAUCAGAUCGUAACUUCCUGAAUUAUGUCCCCUGAUUGUACGAAAAAUCGCGUUUUUAGCUUGUGGUGCCUGUAGAGGUCACAAUUUUUAUCCGAUUUAAAAAACCGUUUAAAUAUAUCACUAUUCCACCGUAAUGAAGGUUGAAUUCGAAUUUCAGGAAAACCGAAAUGAAACUGCCUGACAAAAUGGCCGCUCUUUGUACGCAAAUUGUGUAAAAGUAUGCAAUAUGAAGGUUGUGGACCCUCUAGAGGUCACAAUUUUUAUCCGAUUUUGAUGAAACUUAAAACAUAUCUUUAUAUCGCAAAGACGAUUUCAGUCCCAUUUGAUAAUUGUGCAUUUCAGACCAUAACUUUCUGGAUUACUGCCCAUGAUUGUACAAAAAAUCCCGUUUGUUUUUAGCUUGUUCCCUAUCCAUCUCUUGCAAAAUGUGGUCGUAUCCUGCCUGGCAGCCGCUGGUUAAUUCCUAGAGCUGGCUUUGGAUUUGGGCAUAUUUAUGUCUCUUCCUUGGUGGUUCCUGGCCCCCAGCAUGCUGUGCGAUUCUAAUUUCAUUAAUAUUUUGCUCUUGUUGUAAAAAUGCGAUCAUUUAAAAAAAGAAAUUCGGAUGAGCUUUAAUAACUAGCUUCUUGAUCCUUGAAUGCCAUCCUUCCAGAAUGUUGUUGGUUCUGUGUUCCUCUGUGUGGUAGUGGUUCCAAUGAUGAGUAGCAUAUUCACCUACGCUCGUUGGCUUGUUACGCAGUCGGCAAAUUCAGUUAUUUUUGGAUCCAGUUGAGAGUGAGCGAAUAUGUGAACACUACUUGGAUGAUAUGAUGAUAUUCAUCAUCAGUUGCCAAUUGGUGAUAAGAUUCAUAUUGAAUACUUGGAUGAUAUGAUGAUGAUUUUCAUCAUUAGUGAACAUAAAUUCAUAAAAUCUUUAACACCGUUAAUUGGGUCCUAAUAACGAAAUGCCCUCUUCAAACGAAAGCCGACAAGUGCAUAUCUGCGUCUUCGUGGGAAGGAUUAAUUUUGGUCACGUUCUGUAACGGCGCCGUCGUGGAAAUACACCUUUAUUUCUUUCCAUUUAUCGCUUCACGAAUGUUAGUUAAUUACAAUAUUAACAUCCUAUUGUGUUAUAUUUGAGUAAUUGUCAUACAGUAUUAAUGUCCUGUUAAAUAUACAUGUAUAUACUCACAAAAACGUCAAGAUAAUUUAAUACUUGGUAAUUUAUGUGCAACGAGCCCAAAACAUAAAUGUUGAAAAGGCAUAAUUUUCAUAAGGGUUAGAUCGAAAUGUACUUGAAAUGAAUGACGCUAACCAAUCUGAUGAUAUCCCCAUUAAUUAAUUAAUUAAUUAAGGGAAUAAUAACUGAUGAUCUGUAGACCAAGAAUAUUCCAUCCCAUGAACGUAUUCGUUAAAAUCUAGUAAAAUCACAUGUGAAAAUAACGAUAAGAGUACGAGGUACCCGAUUUUCCUUGACAUAGUAAUACUAUGUAAAAUUAUAAUAUUAACUUGAUGGCUAAACACUAUACAUCUUAUAUAGUAGACAAUAAUGGGCUAUGCUAUAUACCGGAAAACACCGAAAAACAUCAAGUUAUACUGAAUACCGGAAAACACCCUAAAUAGGUAACCCGGAGAAGGGCUAUACUAUAAACCGGAAACUAACCCUAACCCAGUCACACAGAGGACCAGACUCACGGUUUACCUAUUUAGGGCAUUUUCCGGUAUUUAAUGUGUUUUCCGGUAUUUUGUGUUUUUCCGGUGUUUUCCGGUAUUCAGUAUUAAAAGGUGUUUUCCGGUAUAUAAUAUUGUCGGACAAAAAUAUCAAAUACGUAGAAAUUGUAUUGAAAUUGAGCUGUGUGGGUAAGUGUCUUUUACAGUUUUAGUUUGAAGUUUUGACAAUUAAUUAUAUUAUUGUUAGAAAGAAUUAGAUAUCCUGAAAAAUAAAGAAUGCCAG